AUGUCGUACGCAGAUAUGGCGGCCAAGGGCCCCAAGCAGAGCCCAGAGGAAGCACAAUGCCUACCGAUUGUGCGCUUUGCACCCACCGCCAUUAUGCAGCUCACAUAA